CUUCCUACUUGUCCACAAACAGCUUGCUUGUCCCCACUAAUAACACAUUUGUUUACAAAAUCAAUUCCUGCUCGCUACUUAGAGGUCAGAGCAUGUGGAAGUAGCUACACUGUUAAAAACAUGGCCACAGCGGCCGCGGUACCUGGUGCCCUUCUGCCCAAAUGCAUUACGCUUUUCCUAGUAGAACAGAAAGGAACCGGUGACAACACAGUUGUUGACAAUGUGGAGUUUGCGGUCAACGUUGGCUGUGCGGACACUCAGGAGAUUCUUGAAGACAUCCGCUUAGUAGUCGGUGAUGAAAAGGAUGUAAUCUUCAUUGGUGACCGGAGCGGUGGGACUACUGCUCAGAAUAAUAGCAGCUCGUUUGUCAAAGUGCCCAUGGCCUCACUCGACCCGCGCUUGCCUGCAGGAGCGGAGUUGCGGGUCCGAAUUAAGGGUGUUGCCGCGUAUGCGGCUGCUCUGUUCUCAAUCUUCAACCCGCCGAGCCACCCCGACAAGGAUGCCGUGAACAUGGCCACCGCAGCCUUUGCCGCAGAGCGGCCUUUCACCGUGGGCGAGCUUGUAUUGACUGACAAGGGAAACCUGGAACUGUCUGUCAAAUACAUUAAGAGCGUGCAGGCGGCAGAUCCCUUGCUUCGUGGCGGGGCGACCACGGCAGCCUCCAACCUCGACGGGUGCGCGCAAACUACUCGAUAGCAGGAACUUGGGAGUUGCUGAACAAUGUGCCAUACCCUUGCAGGGGUCGAUGCGAAACUGGAGACCCUGGCGCAGCCGGUGGUCACAAAGCUGCACCUAUGCAGCAUGACCCUUCAACAGCCACGUUCACAACCCAGACCAACAGCACUGCUCAGCGGCGGAAGAAGGAGAUCGUGCAGCUACCCACCUUGGUGCAGGGACUGGUGACUGGCAGUUUGAUAGGCAAUCAGGUGGCGGCAGCUGUGAAGCUUGUGACAGAGCACUGCAGGAGUGGCUGGAACCACUUGGUUCGCCAAUACUCGCGCGUGUGGCCAGUGGACAAGAAUGGCGCGCAUGUACAGCUGGGCGAGCUGGGUGACGCCCGUGGACACGUGUACACCGACCUACUCACUGGUAUGCAGCAAAAGCACUAGAUGUUAUGCAUAGCAGAA